GCGUGUGCGCGUGCCACAGGCUCACACACGUCGAUUCUCCUCAGAGACGCGAUGACCGACUCAGCGGCCGCACUCAGCACCGGAGAGCCGGGAUUAAACGGCUCAUGGGUGGAGCUCGAGAUGAACAGAAACGUAGGAGGGUCGUUGCAGGCCUCAGGCACCUCGCAGGCCCCUCCCGGUCUGGCCCAAGUAGUGGAGGAGGACGACGGGAUGGUGGGAGGGCUGGAGCACGUGCCCUCGUCCUCGUCCAUCCAUAACGGAGACAUGGAGAAGAUCCUGCUUGAUGCUCAGCAUGAGUCCAGCCGCAGCAACUCGUCCUGCGACAGUCCUCCACGCCCCCGCAGUCCUCAGGAUGAAGGUCAGAUCAGCUUCGACGUGGACAGAGGAGAGAACCAGGAGGUGAUGGAUAAGAUGAAGGACGACGAGAUUCUAAUAAAGGACUCAGACUGGGUGGCUGAUUGGUCUAGCAGACCUGAGAACGUCCCGCCAAAGGAAUUCCAGUUCCGUCACCCAAGGAGAACCGUCACCCUCAGCAUGAGGAAAACUGGAGCCAUGAAGAAGGGAGGGAUCUUCUCCGCUGAGUUUCUCCGAGUGUUCCUACCCUCGCUGCUGCUCUCACACUUACUAGUCCUGGGGCUCGGAGUAUAUAUCGGGAAAAGGCUGACGACCCCCCCUGCCAGCUCCUUCUGAGCACCAAAUGUGUUGCAGUGCCUCAGGCGUGGCUCAUGUGCGUUGUGCGAAAGUGUUGAACGUUGCCGUUUGUACGAGGAAAGGCCCAAUCCUGCUCAUGCUCACCCCGUAAUCGUUUUCUUUUCUUUUUCCUUUUCCUUUAAAAUGUCUUGAUUCAUUUCAGUUCAUUUCUUUAAUACCCGUCUCCUGCUCGGCACCUCAAACAAGUGUUAUUCUGCAGUUGGGGUUUUCUUUCGCUCAGCUUUUCCCUCUUUUAAUAUAUUUGUCCUAAAUUUAAUUCUAGUAGGUUUGUUUAUGGUAAUGCCAAGCAUUCGGGGUGUGCAUGCCUGAGGGAGUUAAAGCAAACCAGUGAGAGACUCCUGGUCCUGGAAAGUCGAAGCUGUGACCCAAUGUUAUUUUAAAAUCGUGGGCUGUAAACAAAGAAAAGACCCUGAAAUGUGACCCGAAAGGAGUCAAACUACGAGUGCACAGUAAAGCACCUUCCGUGUUAUAGACGUUUCUUUAAAGCUGAUUAGAAUUUCAUUUAUUCUGUGAUUUGCAGAUUGAAGAAUUAAAAUUGUUCAGCGACAAAAGGUUCUGUUCCCAGACGACACAGUGACCUUUAUAUUUAUACUAAAUGAUUGAACAUAUUUAAAAGAUCGUUCGACAAGCCGCUCAGGUGGGGCAGCGGUAAAAUACGCUAGCACACCAGAGCUGGGUUUUCGAAUACAUCGUAUCGACUGGUGCAGUUACGACCCCUGCUGGCUGAUUGAUGGCGCCUGCACAGGGCUGAGGAAUAAUGCUGAUCAGGGUGUGGCUCUCUGUGCACAGUGCUGAUCAGUAUACACCGAUUAGGCAUAACAUUAUGACCCCCUCCUUGUUUCUACGCUCACUGUUCAUUUUAUCAGCUCUACUUACCAUAUAGAAGCACUUUGUAGU